GCCUAGCUACUCAUGAAUUGACCGCCUUCCCAAAGUUAUGAUUACAUUUACACCUCUUUCUGGGGCUGCACGCUCUGCGCGUACCAUUCCUCUCGCAUACUUACUGAAGGUGGACGAUGUGCAAAUCCUGCUCGACUGUGGGUCACCCGACUGGUGUCCGGAAAGGGCUUCUUCGUCAGCCGUAAAGGAGGAGGACCUUGCUGAAAGCUCUUUUCAUUGGGAGCAGUAUUGUCAGGCCCUCAAAGAACAUGCACCUAACAUUGACCUGGUUCUGCUCUCGCAUGGCGAUCUUGCUCACUCUGGGCUGUACCCUUACGCCUAUGCUCACUGGGGCUUAAAGGCACCCGCGUACACUACGCUUCCAGUUCAAGCCAUGGGUCGGAUUGCUGCCACCGAAGAUGUAGAAGGCAUUCGAGAUGAGGAAGAAGUCGAAGAUGAAUCGACUCCCUCAAAUGAUGAUUCUGACAUCGAGGGAAUUCAAGAGAAUGAAAACGGUGAAGAUCAGAUUCUUUCAUCUGCCUCCGAAGGACGUGUAGCAAAGGGGAAGCCUCGCAAGUAUAUUGCUACUGUCCAGGAAGUGCAUGACGCUUUCGAUUCUCUAAAUGUACUCAGGUACUCUCAACCAUGUCACUUGCAAGGGAAAUGUCAAGGACUUACAAUCAUUCCAUUCAAUGCUGGUCACACACUCGGAGGUACCAUUUGGAAGAUUCGUUCCCCGACUGCUGGUACUCUGCUCUAUGCUGUUGACAUGAACCAUAUGCGAGAACGACAUUUGGAUGGCACGGUUCUCAUGCGAAGCUCAUCUGGAGGCGGCGCAGGGGUAUUUGAGAGUUUGUUACGACCUGACCUCCUCAUCACUGAUGCCGAUCGUGCCAAUGUCACCGCUGCACGACGAAAGGACCGUGACGCCGCCUUGCUUGAUUGUAUCACUUCUGGACUGACUUCUCGGAACUCUGUACUGAUGCCGUGUGACGCUAGCACUCGAGUACUCGAGUUACUCGUCCUACUCGAUCAACAUUGGUCAUACUCCAGGUUGAAGUACCCGAUUUGCCUACUCUCACGGACAGGACGAGAGAUGCUCACCUUCGUCCGAAGUAUGAUGGAAUGGCUAGGUGGAACUAUUAGCAAGGAAGAUGUAGGUGUGGAGGCUACCGACAGUAAAGGGGGAAAAGGAGGGAAACGCAAACGGGCAGAUGAUGAUGGUGAUGAGGACGCCUUGGGUGCUUUUGCGUUACGUUUCAAACAUCUGGAGUUCUUUAACACUCCUGCAGCUUUGCUUCAAACAUACUCUUCUAAAGACCCUAAACUUAUUCUUGCGGUGCCCGCAACUCUGUCGCAUGGUCCCUCUCGAGCAUUAUUUGCUGAAUUUGCCGAGACUCCGGAUAAUGUGGUGCUGCUCACAGGAAGAAGCGAACCAGGCACACUUGGUCGGAUCCUAUUUGAUAAGUGGAACGACUCGCAGAGAGACGACACCAAAUGGGACCGCGGAAAGAUUGGCAACAAUGUCAUGAUGGAUGGCGUGCUGCGCGUUAAGAUCAAUACGAAAGUACCAUUACAAGGUGCAGAACUAGACGAGUACCUCCAGAAAGAACGUGCAGCCAAGGAACAAGAGACCGCCAGGAAAGUAGCACAGGCCCGAAGCCAGAGGAUUCUUGAAGCCGAUGAGGACGAGAGCGAGAGCGACACGGACUCUGAUUCUGACGAAGAAAACGAAGUGGAGCGUGCUCUUGGCGAUGACAUAAUGGAUACUUCCGAAGGCCGUGGAGGUUCAAUAAAUAGUUUCAACGAGACGAAGCCAAAGCGGAAGGGAGGUAAACGGAAGGAUGUGGAUGGUGCUGACUGGAGUGGCUUAGGAUUGGACGACGAAGGUUUAACCAAGCAGAUACUGUCCUACGACAUCUACUUGAAGGGCAACGUCUCGAAGGCGACGUCAUUCUUCAAGAGCCAGGAUGGUCAGACGCACCGGUUUAGGAUGUUCCCUUACAUCGAAAAGAAACGUCGUGUCGAUGAAUACGGUGAGACCAUCGAUGUCGGAAUGUGGUUGAGAAAAGGAAAGGCGUUAGAAGAAGACGCCGAGAGUGAAGAAGUCAAAGAGGCGAGGAGACGAAAGGCUGAAGAAGAAGCAAAGCCUCGGGAACCGCCUUCCAAGUUCAUCUCAACGGAGGUAGACGUGCAGUUGGCAUGCCGUCUGCUAUUUGUUGAUCUGGAAGGUCUUCACGAUGGUCGAGCGGUCAAGACGAUCGUACGAGAAGUAAACCCGCGCAAGAUGAUCGUUGUCCAUGCCCCACCUGCUGCAACCGAUGCAUUGGUGGAAAGUUGUGCCGCUGUUCGGACAAUGACCAGGGAUGUAUUUUCCCCAACUCAAGGCGAGACUAUCCAAAUUGGUCAACAGACAAAUAGCUUCUCGAUAUCAAUACCUGACGAGUUGUUAGCAUCGAUCAAAAUGUCAAGGUUCGAAGACAACGAAAUUGGACAUGUGACAGGACGUAUCGCUAGUCUCGCAAGCUCCACUAUUCCCGUGCUAGAGCCUCUCUCUUCAGCUGUGGCGUCACAAAGUAUAUCACACACAGCUGUCAUGGGGCGCAUACUCGGUUCAAGACCUCGAGCCACCUUGCCGCAAUCCACCAUGAUUGGUGAACUGAAGCUCACAGCUCUGAAAUCACGAUUAGCAGCCAUUGGCGUGCAAGCUGAACUGAUCGGAGAGGGUGUUCUCAUUUGCGGCGCCGCUGCGAAGCGGGGAAACUCUUCUGAUUCACUGGAAGACUCUGUAGCUGUGAAGAAGACCGCGAGAGGACGAGUAGAGUUGGAGGGCGCUGUAUCCGAUGUGUACUACACAGUACGCAAAGAAAUCUAUGGCCUCCAUGCGCUGGUUGCUGCGUGAGGCAUCUUUCACCGCCUACUCAUUACGAUUUGAAAACACGUAUCAAUUCAUGUAUUCUGGAUACAAUGGCUUGUGUCCGUGGAUCCGUGAAUAAUGUUGCGCACUGUUAUAGGUUUGAGUUACAUUAUAGGUUGGACUAGAGAUAUCAUGAUGUAAAAUGAAUGCUUCGGGUUACGUUUCAAAAUUUAUUCCGAAUUCAGUUGUGUCCCAUUGGAUGGCAACGUUGAUCUAAAUAUAACUGGUCGUCCUGGCAUGGCGAAUGACUGGAUGCAACCCAUUGCGAGGGACGACGACGAGCGAUUAUUGUGGGCCAGAACAAGUAUAAAAGCUUGAGCUUAUGUACUUCGAUCACAUGGAGCAUUUAUGUAUCUCGGUUAAUGUCAUGACUUCUAACACG